CCAAUGUCUCCUACCUACCCGACCAGCAGAAGAAACCAGAAUGCCUCCUCCCCAGCAGCAGUCGCGUCGCAAAUCCGAGUCGGGAAACGCCCGCGGCCGCGUCGCAAAGCGUUCCUGUAACGCUUGCUCGCGAUGCCGCAAACAGAAGAUCAAGUGCUCCGGAACCCAGCCCUGCGAGGCUUGCAGCAAGCGCGAUUUGUUCUGCGAGUUUGAUGAGCGCGAGCAGAAAAUCCUGGUGUCAAGAGGGUACAUCAUCGACCUGGAGCGGAAGCUGGCUCGUCGGGAGCGUGCCGAUAAUACCGAUUGUAGCACGCCCAGCUCAGCCGGCAGCGCCACCCACCACGCUGACAGGACCACGGAUGGCCGUCCGUCGCCAGACAGAACCGUGCCAGACGAGCCUCACGUGCACAUGGCCGAUCAUGAUGAUGUCUCGGUUCGAGACGAAGGAUCGGCAUCAGGUCUUGCGCCUGAUGCGAGGAGGUGGAGCGCCCAAAGCUCUCGCCCAAUGACACGCUUGGACCCCGUAGCGUCGAACCUCACCAAUCCACUCUCUACGGGCCCGUCUACCUUUAUGGGAGCUGGCAAUGGAAGGGUUUUCUAUCUUGGGACGUCGUCGAAUUGGUCAUUUACUCGGCGGGCUUUGAGUAUGACGCAUGAACACAUCCAUCAAACACCGAUCCCCACAGCAUCUCUCCUUUUCGACGGCUCUGCGUACGAUCUGCAGUGGGACGGUCACCGGACCACAUCAGGCCCGGACACUCCAGCACUGCCGACGCUCGACCACACUAUCUACUUGAUCAAUGCAGUCAAGUUUCACUGCGGCCAAAUGUUCCAUCUAUUCGACGAGGAGUCCUUCAUGGCACGUGUCUAUGACUUUUACUUGGACCCCAGCCCCUAUGUUGCGGCAGUGGAUCCGUGGUAUGUUCAUUUCCUAGUUAUUCUCGCUUUCGGAAAAGCAUUUGUUGGGAAGAGGAAUCCAGACAAGAGGCCUCCUGGCACCGACUUCUUUGUCAAAGCUCUCCAGCUGCUGCCAGAGAUGAGUGUGCUUGGGAGGGAGCCUUUGAUGUCGACGGAGAUACUGUGUUGCAUUGCCUUGUAUUUUCAAUGCUUGGACUUCCGACACGCAGCACAUAACUAUAUCGGACAGGCCAUGAGGAUGGCGCUGGGCCAGGGAAUGCACACUGACAUGCCUGUGCAGCAUCUGGGCCACACGCAAGUCGAAAGAUGUCGCAGGGCUUGGUGGACGGUAUACGUGCUGGACCGUGAAAUGACAUCUUUAAUGGGUCUUCCCCAGUCAAUAAAUGAUGAUGACCUGCAUCCUGACCUGCCGACCUUCUCCGGGUCGGUCCAGCGAACAGCCGCCCUGGGCAUGCAGAUCAAACUGUCCCGUGUUAUAGCCAGUAUCAACAGGGGAGUUUAUGGUUUCGAUGGGAAAUUGAACAGCAAGUUUCUGCUUAGCACGAAAGCGGCGCUCGCGGACAUUGCAGAUCUAGCCGACGAGCUUCGCAAUUCUUUCCCUUUGCAUUUGGACAAUCCCAUCAGUGGAGUGUCAAGAACAUCUGCUUAUCUCCAUUUGCUCUAUCACCAAUGCGUUGUCCUCGCGACCCGACCACUGUUGUUUUGCUUCUUGAAGAUACGGCUCGAAUCUCCGAAUUCUUCUCUGGACCUACAAAACACUUCGCAGUCAGUCUGGAAUCUGACAAAAAUGUGCGUCGAAUCGGCGCAACAAAUGGUCAACGUGUUGCACUGCGUACGAGCGCAAGGGCUUCUCGAGACAUUUCUUCCCUUCGACCUCGAGUCCCUCUCCGUAUCAACGGUAGCUCUUCAGCUCGCGCGAGCAGUCGACUCGCGACUAUCAGAAAACUACACUCUGUGGCUGCACCAAGCAUGGAGCAUCUUCGAAGAAAUGGUCACGGACGGGAACGUGGUAGCCGAGUUCCAAAAAGCCGAGCUGCAGCAGCUGGACGAGAUGCUGUGCCUGCUCCCGCAACAGCCACAGUCGCGAUGCCUGUCCCGCUCCCCGCCGUUCAGCGCCCAGCAGGGCGGCGGUGCUCUCGAUCGCCCGCCGUCCCAGAUGCCGCCUACUGCUGCUUCUAUGCCGCCGACUGCUGCUCAGACCGUGGAUAACGGCCUCUUGCCGUCGCCGAUAUCUGGGAUUUUGGAGGGCUUUAGCUUUGAUGGUGGCCUGACGACGGCGCAGAUCAUGGACACGGCCAAUUCGAUCGAAAGCGGCGAUACGGAGUGGCUGUCUCAUACCAUCCUGGAGCACAGCAUCUGGUAGGCCACGGAAUCAGUCUUUCAGCAGCAGUGCAGGUUUUGCCAGGCCGGUUGCCGAGGAUCAAGAUGCGGGAGGAGCCCGGAAGCCACGGAAAGCAAUAAUGCGGGAAAGCUGAGCCGAGCCGAGCCUCAUACACAAACACACAACAUCGCGAGACAACUUCAAGAGGCUUAAAAGCCGAAUGCAAAAAACCGCAUUUCUGGAUCUAGCUACCUAUCAAGUCUACAACAAACAAGCCCCGGAAUUACCACCACGCAACCCCAAAUGAUGCCUCG